UUCUUGUUCACAACCUAUAAAUGGCCAUGGUAUAUGUAGAUACCACAGGGUCUACAGAAAUGCUCAAGGAGAAUGAAACUCCUUGCUGUCUACCCCACCUGCCUUUUGGUUGUGUGCCAGUUAGCUGCAUUAUAUCAGAAUGUUUUUGCAGACCCUUGCGCACUUACCAACCAUAAACCAAUACCAGACAUUAACCGACGAGAUGAAACGAAUGAAUUAUCUGAUGGCGAGAUCAGCAUCAACGACAGAGAGAUCGAAGAGGAUUGGUAUGGCAUGUCGACGUACACUCUACUGACACACGCUCCCGGCUUCUUCAAAUGCGGAGGAUGGUAUCCGAUGUGGAUUAAAGAUGUCGUCGGGGACCAGGCAACUGUGUGUUACCAGACAGAAGACAAUGAGUGUGAAGAUCCAUUCCAGAUUGAAGUGAGAAAUUGUACCGGGUUUACAGUAUACUACCUAAUAGCAGCACCUGUGCACAAGGCAUCGUACUGUUUUCAACGUGAUUCGAGAGAUCCACCACCAUUUAAGGCCAUUCCCACAGUCACUAUCCACUUGGAGACUACAUCUCGUGUAAAAAGUGAACUGUUUUUCGAAUGUGGGUUUAGUCCGGAUCAAGACCACGUGCUGUUCUAUCAGAUAAGCUGGUAUGUGAAUGGAAAGAGUAUCCUCACCCACACGGCAAGCAACCAAAUGAGUGGAAACAGCGUCAGCAACACACGGCUCACAGAAAAAAAUCUGCUUGAUAAUGGAUUUAAGGCGGGAAUAAAUAUUCAAUGUGGACUGAGAGCAAUGUUUGGACCCGACCAAGCACCUGGUGAAAAUGGAUUGUCUGCUUCUAUGUUUGUUGGUAUCAAGCUCUUGCAGGCAACAGAGAUAACAGUCGACCACGGUACAAGUGCAAGCAUAGACAUGAAUUUAACCGCACCAAUUGGCUGUGGAAAUCUAGCCUGCAAUUUAUUUGUGGAAGCUGUCAUUAGUGUUAACCGUCCAUCGGGCCACAAUGGGGGAUGCACAGCAUCAGCAGUGUCAAAAGCGUGCGGAAUCGAUCCCUUCAAAACUGGUACUGAGGGUCAACGUCGUACAAUCGAAGUAUUUGGAGUUGUGACUGACGCCUACACACAACCGUCAGACAGAGAUACCAUAUCAAGUAUCAAUCUGAUGGUACCAAAAAUGCCAGCUUCUCCAUUUUGGAGUAAUUACUCAGUUGGAACCGUUCAGGUUAGAGUGAGGAGAAGAACAGAGGACAUCGAAAAGAAAUCAUGCAGCCUAGAAAAUGAUCCCUACCUUAAGAGAUUUGGUGUCCCGUUCCAGUAUUCUGUACAGACAGGAAUUUUCACACUGUAUAAACACCAAAGUGAACCGAUCGAGGUGCAAGUUGACAUACGAAUGUGUACAAACUAUACCGAUCGAACAUGUACAUGUGGACUUGCAGUACGUGUUGGUAACACCGUAUUUGUGGUAUCCAAAUGUAACUCUAAAGUAUGGACAAGAGAAUUCACACAGUGUGACACAAAUGGUGAAGUGAUGCAAGUCAGAAGAAGAGAAGGCGACCAGUAUGACAUUCACCUACCAACAGGGGCACGCUUGGAACUGACCCUCGACAUAUGGAAUAGUCUUCUCAAUGUGAAAAUAUAUCCCUCCGUACGGGAUGUAAAUAACACUCGGGGAAUGUGUGGAACAUUGUCAUCAUCCAGAAAUAAUGUCAUGAUCAAGAGAAGUGGAGAAACAGCUAAUUCAGUUAAAGAACUUGUUGAAUCUUGGAGGGUGCCAGUUCUAGACGAUUUAUUUGAUGAGGACAACAUAAAACGACUUCGGGACACAUAUACUGCUGUUCAGCAAUAUUGUACAUGUGAAGGAACGGGGAUCAAGGAACAUCUCACCUGUUCCGCUAUGUCUGGAACAAAAGGAUGUGGACCCGUCAGACCCUCUUCUGUAGUCAAACCAGAUGUUCAAUGUACAAUCUCCAAACGGAGGAAACGAAUGGCACUGAUGGGCUCAGCAACAUCAAGGAGGAAAAGGCAAGCGCUACCAGUUUUAAAUGAAGAAGAAGCUAAGAAUUUCUGCGACCAGCUGUUUGGAGAAUCUGAUACAGUAAAUAUCUGUCAAACUGUACCGGGUGUAAAUGUCAACGGCAGCAAGGAGGAGUGUGUCAUGGACAUAUUGGGAAGCAAAACAACAGCGUUUUCUAACAUGUCCUUGAGCAGUGUCCGGGGCCCAUGUUUCCAUGAAGUAGCUGUCAACCCGACUCUAAGUAAACCUGAUCCUAAAGCCCCGAUGUCACUUCCUGUUGCAAAGAUGGUGACAGCUCAAUCUUGUUCAAAUGACUGCAGUGGACAGGGCACCUGUACCGAUGGUGCAUGUGUUUGUGACUCUGGUUAUGGUGGAGCUGACUGUUCGGUGGACCUGAUCCAGCCCCCAGAUCUGUACACUGUGGAAGACGGAGGACACUGCGACCUUGCCACCAGUAGCUGUGAAGAGCUGGCAGUGUACGGAGAGGUGUUCACUGGUUCACCCAAUGCUUCGUGUCGGAUUGAGAAAUAUAUGGUAUAUGGAGACGGAACAACUGGAAACGGAGACAUGUUGACAACUGUAGCAAGAGAUGAAGGUAUCAACGAAGCAGUUUGUGAACUUCCCAAACGUGUGAAGCGACAAGCAGUGCAAACUAGCAAUGAAGUUACAGCAUACAACAUAACUAUGGCUAACACAGGAAACAUCUAUAGCAAUGGGGUUGUAUUGCUGGUGUAUGAUUCCACCUGUAUUUCGAUAAAUGAGAGCACCAGACAGUGGACUAUACAGGGCGCGUACUGCAUGUACAACUCUAAAUGUAUCCCUGAGAGUAGCCCAAGGCCAGACAACUCUUGUCUUGUUUGUGAAGUGGCUGGAAAUGAGAGAUCAUGGAUCUACUCCCCAGGAUGUUUGAAGGAGACAUCGCAGCCUAACACGUAUCCGACGUCCAGUCAACCGGAAAGCACUGAUACCAUCCGUCAGUCGGGAGUCAUUGAAACCACGCGUCAAUCGGGAGUCAUUGAAACCACCCGUCUGGCAGGAGGCUUUGAAACCACCCAUGAAUCUGGAGACCGUGAAACCACCUAUCAAUCGGGCAUUAAGACCACCCAACAGUCGGGAGGCAUUGAAACCACCCGUCAGUCGGGAGACCUUGAAACCACCCGUCAGUCGGGAGACCUUGAAAACACCGGGAACCCAGGAGACAAAUCGUCUGAAUGGCUCUCUGGUACAUGUAUGUUGACGACAACUCUGAGUUUCCUGAUCGUCAUGUCUUCCAUUUGUUGGGCACUCAUGUAGUUUCCAUUGGUGUGCAUGCAGAUAAUGUCAGACAUGCAAGAGUUAUUACAUUUCCUAUUAGCAGAUGUCUUGAUGUCAAUACAAGAAAAUAACCAGUCUAGAUCAUCCGCCACAACAGAUGCCAUUUAUCGUAUAGGGCAAAAUAGCUGUUAAAAUAUGUGAAUGGACCACUGAAGAUCAGUAAUGACACCAGGUGUUCGCUAAUUGGUAAGCAUAUCAUGCAUCACCGGUAGCUCCCACAAUUUCGUAAUUUGCAUAUAAAAGCAAGUAAUAUUGCCUGACGCCACAUAGCAGUACUCCUGCCAUGCUACGGCGGCCUGUAAACAAAACAGACGGACAAGUGAUCGAUGAAUCGGAAAAUCCAGUAACACGAUUGUGCAUUUACUGUUGAAACUAAGAAAAAACUAUAUGUUAAUUCUGAAUUACCGUAACAUAUCACAAUGUAUUGAUCUAUUUGACCCCUAUUUGUAUCAUUUGCACGAGAACAUUGAUUACCUUAACAUUUUC